AAAAAAUUAGUUCAACAUAUGACCGCAAUCAACUGGACCAACUGCUGGCGAAAGACGCGACUGAAAUUCUUAUUGUUCAAUUAAAUUUGCAACUAUGGAGGUCAAGGUCGAGCUUGAGUCUUCAACGACGCCCACAAAUACCACACCCACCGCAGAAGCCACCAAAGAAACCAGCAACGCCGCAGCCACUGCCAACAGUGCUGCACAACAGGCAACAACAAGUCCGGCGGGAAGCGUCGCCGUUUCAUCAGCAGCCGCCACUACAACAACAAGCAAUACCAAUGCCAAUAAUAGCAAUGCAGGAGGAGCUGGAGGCGCUGCGACCACUACAGUAUCAGCAGCAUCUAGCACAUCAGCAGCCAGUGGACAAGCGCCGCCACCGGCAAAGAAACCAAACAAUGCGGCCACAGCAGCAACAACAGCAGCAGCUGCAUCGACAGCAGCAUCAACGACAGCACCAAUAAUACGCAGCGAUCCCAGCGCAUUGCCAACUCGACAAUAUUUGGAUCAAACAGUGGCGCCCGUGCUGCUCCAUGGCCUCCAGACGCUGGCUCGUGAACGUCCCAGCGAUCCCAUUAAAUUCCUGGCCGGGUAUCUGCUGAAGCACAGCAAUGGCAGCGAUGAAGCUCAAGCGAGCAAUGAGGCCGCCACAUGAAUUAAUUAAUCCAUCUCCCCAACCCGAGUCCUUUAGCAUUGUAAGUGAUACAACAAGUCCUUAAUAAAUGUUUAAUAAUAAAUCGC